AAACCGAAUUUCGUCGAACGUGUUCCUCUUUUAUGACACAGUCGACUUUUCGUAUAUGUAUUUUAUUGUGUAACCUAUAGUAAUGUCCAGCUUUUGAGUUUAUUACGCGCAACAAAAAUAAAUAGACAUGUCUUUUUGUGCAGCCGGUCCGCCUCUUAACGGGUGAAAAGUAGUUAGCUUCUUUAGCUAACCACAAAGUUAGCAUUAGCAAACGAGCGAGCUUUGAUUUAACUUUGACAAAUUAGCUUCUUCUUUUAACUUAAACUGUCCAGGUCUGGUGUAGCCGUUGGGAGAUGAUGGACGCCCUGUCAGUGGUGAGUCAGCUGCGGGACCUGGCCUCGGAACCGCAGAACCGAGAGGUGAUCGUCCAGGACCAGGGCUGCCUGCCCGGGCUGGUCCUCUUCCUCGACCACCAGGACACCGAGGUCCUGCUCGCUACUCUGCAGACCCUGCGAUACUUGGCUGAGUUGCCUCCCAACAUCCCCGCCAUGAAGAACGAACUGGGCAUGAUGGUGAGCUUGGAGAAUCUCAUGGGAAGGAAGGGCCUGUCUGUUGACAUCACCGCCUUGGCCCAGGAGGUGUAUGACAUUCUGCGUACUCCUGCUCAUCCUGUAGCCCGCACACCCGAGAGGGAGGGGAGGAAGAAAUCUCAGUUCUUUAUCAACUCCUCCAACAAGAAGGCCAAGUCUGUGACUCUGCACAUUCAGGGCCUGGACAGCACCGACCAGCGGGGCUUGUGUGAAGAGGCUCUGCUGAAGGUCAGAGGAGUGAUCAGCUUCACGUUUCAGAUGGCCUCGAAGAGGUGCACUGUCCGAAUCCGCUCUGACCUGCCCACUGAGAGUCUGGCAUCAGCCAUCGCCGCCACCAAGGUGCUGUCAGUGCAACAAGUGGUGAAGAAUGAAGCAGGGGAGGAGGUUUUCAUUCCUCUGAACACAUCUGGAGUGAAGGUACAGCAAAACUCGGCGCUACCAGACUACCUCCCCGAGGAAGAGGAGAGCCCCGAGAGGGAGGUUGACCGGGCGAUUUCCCGCACCACGGCAAAGGAAGAUUCCAGCGGGAGCUGGCUCAACUCUGCUGCCAGUUUCCUCACGAAAACCUUCUACUGGUGAAACUGGAGCCGUUUGAUUCCCGGAAAACUCUCUGUGUGUCACAGAGUUGAGCUAACAGACUGCUCCCUGCUGCUGUGUGUGUGACAGGAGUGGACAUUACUGGAUGUGAGCACGACACAGGAUUACAUCCUGGCUCUGUGUGUACAGCCAAAGGUUCCAUCACCUUGCCAUCAAUUCCUGCGGAUUACUUUAAAUGUCAACAUGCUCAAAAGCACUUCAGAUUUUAAAACCUAGGUCUGUUCUGCUUUGAAUUGAUUGGAGGCCCACACCCUUGAAAAUGUUAAUGUAAAUAUUUUCUUCACACCUUGUGUUUGACUUCAAACGGUCCCCCUUUUUCAGAAUGUGUAGGAAAAGUUUCCCCAAUCUUUGCUGGAGAAGUGUUUUUCUGUUUGUUGGUAGUUGUAUUGGUUGAUGUAUGUGCACUGUACUUUUUG